CCUAUGACCACUAUGUGGCUAUUUGCAACCCCCUGCUGUACAUGGUGGUGGUGUCUCCGCAGAUCUGCUGUCUGCUGGUUUUCCUCACAUACCUCCAAAGUCUGACCACAGCAGUGACUGUCACUUCCUGUGUGUUCUCCUUGUCAUUCUGCUCUUCCAACAUAAUCAACCAUUUCUACUGUGAUGACGUUCCUUUGUUAGCCUUGUCCUGUUCUGAUACUUACCUUCCAGAAACAGCAGUAUUUACCUUUUCAGGUAUCAAUUUAUUUUUUUCCAUGAUUGUUGUUCUCGUAUCCUACUUCAACAUUGUCCUUGCCAUUCUGAGGACACGUUCCUCAGAGGGACGACAAAAAGCCUUUUCCACAUGCGCUUCUCACAUGGUGACUGUCACUGUGUUCUAUGGGACUCUUCUUUUCAUGUAUUUGCAACCAAGGACCAACCACUCAUUAGAUACUGACAAAAUGGCCUCAGUCUUCUACACCCUAGUAAUACCAAUGCUGAACCCCAUGAUUUACAGCCUAAGGAACAAGGAUGUGAAACAUGCAUUGAAGAGAUUCCUGGAUAGCCCAUUGAAAUCCUUAAAGCUAAUGUAA